GCGCUGCGCGCGUUGUUUAUUUAAUAUCUAGUGUCAGUAUAAACAGCCCGUGACCACCAUGCUCGCGAUUAAACAGAUACUAGUUUUGAUUUUCGUCUCGUAUGCUGUGUUAACGUUCUGCGAGGCGAGACCAGACAGCGCAGGUCAUGCUCCGCUGCCUGGACCGGGACUUUCAUAUGGUGGCAUUCCCUAUGGUAGUAUGAGCGGCAAUGUAGCUGAAUACUACAGACAGCAAGGGCCAUCUAUCGGACGAGGAGGAAACUUGUACAGCGCCAAUAUAAAAUACGCGCCGAUUGAACAGUUUUUAUAAUAGAUGGCGCUAUUAUUACUAUUCAUGCUUUAACCAAAUUAUUUUUCUUUGUUUUGAGUAUUAUUGCUAAAUAAUUAAGUACAUUAAAUUGUAAAUGUACACAAUUUAAGUAAAACUUUUUUUUAAUACCUCCCUUCAUUA